UCCUACCCCAUGCAAUCUCUUUCCAUCUUCUUUGAGACCUGCCAACAGAGCCUUCUCCCUAGAUAUACACACACAUUGCUUUUGUGACUGUGGACCUCAUUUCCAGAGAGAGAGAGAGACAAAAGCAAAGAACUAUGCUUACCCUAAACCAGCCCACAAAGCCCCUCACUCCUCUGGUCAGAGAUUACUGAAUAUCCAUGUGUCUUUAAAGCCUCUCAGAUGAAUACUACUGCAGUGGAGAAAAUGAUAGUUUCUGCAUUUCUCUGGCUUCUCCUCCUCUAUUAAACGAUGGUUUUUAUACAUUAGAUGUUAGGCAAACCUUGGGUGACCUGCUUUUUUUCUUUUCUUUCUUUUUUUUUUGAGUUUACCUCCCUCCUCCGUUUUUCUUUUCUCUUUUUUUCCUCCCUUGCGGUAAAAUAGUGCUGAAGAAAGAGGGCACUAGUGUACAGCCCAGAUCGCAUCCUUGCACCGUCUGGAUUGGAGCUGAGGUGUCUGUGAACCGAGGGCGGCUGCAGUCCUUUGACCUGGGGACCAAUAGCUCUGUCUACCCGGACUCAGCGAUGCAAAGCCCCAAAGGUUCCGGUACAUAAGCGGAUGCAGGAUACCCACCGCCUCUCCAACCCCACCUCGAAAAACAAUUUAUCUAUUGCGCUCCUUCUACACGUCCAGCUCACGGCCACUAACAAGCCGUGCAUUGCACACCUGAUCUAUACACCUUCAGGCACCCGUGAAAAACUGCGACUUGAUUUCUUCUAAGCACGCCCCCAGGGUGUAGGAGCGGUCGCAGAGGACCAGCAGGAGGAAGCGGAGGGGAGAGAGGCGGUGGUGGAGGCAGAGAAAGCGUUGAACCAGCUGUGUUGGUCAAAGGCACGAAGCUAGAAAGGCAGCGGUGGACGUCUGGGUGUUUUCUGCUGGGAACCUGCAGGGAAGACCGGCGUGGGAACUCGGCUGGCCCGCGGUGUACCGCGUCUCCGCCACAAUGGUCCGGCUCCUCUUGGUUUUCUUCCCAAUAAUCUUUUUGGAGAUGUCCAUUUUGCCCAGAAUUCCCGACAGAAAAGUAUUACUGGCGGGUGCUUCGUCUCAGCGCUCCGUGGCCAGAAUGGACGGAGAUGUCAUUAUUGGAGCCCUCUUUUCAGUCCAUCACCAACCUCCAGCAGAGAAGGUACCCGAAAGGAAGUGUGGGGAGAUCAGAGAACAAUAUGGUAUCCAGAGGGUGGAAGCCAUGUUCCACACGUUGGAUAAGAUCAACGCAGACCCGGUGCUCCUGCCCAACAUCACCCUGGGCAGUGAGAUUCGGGACUCCUGCUGGCACUCUUCUGUUGCUCUGGAACAGAGCAUCGAGUUCAUCAGGGACUCUCUGAUUUCCAUCCGAGAUGAGAAGGAUGGGCUGAACCGCUGCUUGCCUGAUGGCCAGACCCUCCCCCCAGGCAGGACUAAGAAGCCUAUAGCUGGAGUGAUCGGCCCUGGCUCCAGCUCUGUGGCCAUUCAAGUCCAGAAUCUUCUCCAGCUGUUCGACAUCCCACAGAUCGCCUAUUCUGCCACGAGCAUAGACCUGAGUGACAAAACUUUGUACAAAUACUUCCUGAGGGUGGUCCCUUCUGAUACUUUGCAAGCAAGGGCGAUGCUUGACAUAGUCAAGCGGUACAAUUGGACGUAUGUCUCCGCAGUCCACACGGAAGGGAAUUACGGCGAGAGUGGAAUGGACGCUUUCAAAGAGCUGGCUGCCCAGGAGGGCCUCUGCAUCGCACACUCAGACAAAAUCUACAGCAAUGCAGGCGAGAAGAGCUUUGACAGGCUCCUGCGUAAGCUCCGGGAGAGGCUUCCCAAGGCCAGAGUUGUGGUCUGCUUCUGCGAGGGCAUGACUGUGCGGGGACUCCUGAGUGCCAUGCGACGCCUGGGUGUUGUGGGCGAGUUCUCACUCAUUGGAAGUGAUGGAUGGGCAGACAGAGAUGAAGUCAUUGAAGGCUAUGAGGUGGAAGCCAAUGGAGGAAUCACAAUAAAGCUGCAGUCUCCAGAGGUCAGGUCUUUCGAUGACUACUUCCUGAAGCUGAGGCUAGAUACCAACACAAGGAAUCCUUGGUUCCCCGAGUUCUGGCAACAUCGUUUCCAGUGUCGCCUACCUGGACACCUCCAGGAGAACCCCAACUUUAAAAAAAUUUGCACAGGCAAUGAAAGCUUAGAAGAAAACUAUGUUCAGGACAGUAAAAUGGGGUUUGUCAUCAACGCCAUCUACGCCAUGGCCCAUGGGCUGCAGAACAUGCACCACGCUCUGUGUCCUGGCCAUGUGGGCCUGUGUGAUGCCAUGAAACCCAUUGAUGGCAGGAAGCUCCUGGAUUUCCUCAUCAAAUCCUCCUUUGUGGGCGUGUCUGGAGAGGAGGUGUGGUUCGAUGAAAAGGGAGAUGCUCCUGGAAGGUAUGACAUCAUGAAUCUGCAGUACACUGAAGCUAAUCGUUAUGACUAUGUCCACGUGGGAACCUGGCAUGAAGGCGUGCUGAACAUCGAUGAUUACAAAAUUCAGAUGAACAAAAGUGGGAUGGUCCGCUCUGUGUGCAGCGAACCUUGCUUAAAGGGUCAGAUUAAGGUCAUCCGGAAGGGAGAAGUGAGCUGCUGCUGGAUCUGCACGGCCUGCAAAGAGAACGAGUUUGUGCAAGACGAGUUCACCUGCAGAGCCUGUGACCUGGGGUGGUGGCCCAAUGCAGAGCUGACAGGCUGUGAGCCCAUUCCUGUCCGUUACCUCGAGUGGAGUGACAUAGAAUCUAUCAUAGCCAUCGCUUUUUCUUGCCUGGGCAUCCUUGUGACUCUCUUUGUCACCCUCAUCUUUGUGCUGUACCGGGACACACCUGUGGUCAAAUCCUCCAGCAGAGAGCUCUGCUAUAUCAUUCUGGCUGGCAUCUUCCUGGGCUACGUGUGCCCUUUCACCCUUAUCGCCAAACCUACCACUACAUCCUGCUACCUCCAGCGCCUCCUGGUCGGCCUCUCUUCCGCCAUGUGCUAUUCUGCAUUAGUCACCAAAACCAAUCGUAUCGCACGCAUCCUGGCCGGCAGCAAGAAGAAGAUCUGUACCCGGAAGCCUAGGUUCAUGAGCGCUUGGGCCCAGGUGAUCAUUGCCUCCAUUCUGAUUAGUGUCCAGCUGACACUAGUGGUGACCUUGAUCAUCAUGGAGCCUCCCAUGCCCAUUUUGUCCUACCCGAGUAUCAAGGAAGUCUACCUGAUCUGCAAUACCAGCAACCUGGGGGUAGUGGCCCCAGUGGGCUACAAUGGACUCCUCAUCAUGAGCUGUACCUACUAUGCCUUCAAGACCCGCAAUGUGCCCGCCAACUUCAAUGAGGCUAAAUACAUCGCCUUCACCAUGUACACUACCUGCAUCAUCUGGCUGGCUUUUGUGCCCAUUUACUUUGGGAGCAACUACAAGAUCAUCACUACCUGCUUCGCAGUGAGCCUCAGUGUGACGGUGGCCCUGGGGUGCAUGUUCACUCCCAAGAUGUACAUCAUUAUUGCCAAGCCCGAGAGGAAUGUCCGCAGUGCCUUCACCACCUCUGACGUAGUCCGCAUGCACGUUGGUGAUGGCAAGCUGCCCUGCCGCUCCAACACCUUCCUCAACAUUUUCCGGAGAAAGAAGCCGGGGGCAGGAAAUACCAAUUCUAACGGCAAGUCUGUGUCAUGGUCUGAACCAGGUGGAAGACAGGCGCCUAAGGGGCAGCAUGUGUGGCAGCGCCUCUCUGUGCACGUGAAGACCAACGAGACGGCCUGCAACCAAACGGCCGUGAUCAAACCCCUCACUAAAAGUUACCAAGGCUCUGGCAAGAGCCUGACCUUUUCAGACGCCAGCACCAAGACCCUUUACAAUGUGGAGGAAGAGGACAACACCCCUUCGGCUCGUUUCAGCCCUCCCAGCAGCCCUUCAAUGGUGGUGCACAGACGCGGACCACCUGUGGCCACCACACCGCCCCUGCCGCCCCACCUGACCGCAGAGGAGACUCCCCUGUUCUUGGCUGAUUCUGUCAUUCCCAAGGGCUUGCCUCCUCCUCUUCCGCAGCAGCAACAGCCGCCCCCUCAGCAACCCGCUCAGCAGCCCAAAUCGCUGAUGGACCAGCUGCAAGGCGUGGUCACCAACUUUGGAGCUGGGAUCCCGGACUUCCACGCGGUGCUGGCAGGCCCGGGGACACCAGGGAACGGGCUGCGCUCGCUGUACCCGCCCCCGCCUCCCCCGCAACACCUGCAGAUGUUGCCCCUGCAGCUGAGCACCUUCCGAGAGGAGCCCAUCUCCCCUCCUGGGGAGGAUGACGAUGAUGACAGUGAGAGGUUCAAGCUCCUGCAGGAGUUCGUGUACGAGCGCGAAGGGAACACGGAGGAAGACGAACUGGAAGAGGAGGAGGACCUGCCUGCAGCCAGCAAGCUAACCCCUGAAGAUUCGCCUGCCCUGACACCUCCUUCUCCUUUCCGAGACUCGGUGGCCUCUGGCAGCUCAGUGCCCAGUUCCCCAGUGUCUGAGUCAGUGCUCUGCACCCCUCCAAACGUGACCUACGCCUCUGUCAUCCUGAGGGACUACAAGCAAAGCUCUUCCACCCUGUAGGGAGGAAGCGUGCAUGGAAAAGCCAGAGAUGCCAAGGAACGCCAACCCCUCUUGAAAGGUGUAGAAAGCUGGGAGAAGCACAGGCGUGGAGGACCACAGUCUGUAGAGGAUAAAGAAUGCAGCGGCUGCCUUAAAAGAGGGAGAGGAAAGAUGCCAAGUGAACAGUGGUCCGGGCCAGGAUUAUGACUCUUGAAUUAUUCAGAAACCUUCUCUAGGAAGAAAGGGAAUUAUGACAAAGCACAAUUCCAUAUGGUAUGUAACUUUUAUCGGGUAAAAAAAAUAAUAAAACGUAAAAGUAAAAUCAACAAAAAUAAUCUCUUCUUUAUCUCACUCGUGCAUACAUAUAUCUGCCCACAUUCUCUUGGUGAAGCUAGAAACGGAGCAGCCCCUGUGAUGGUGCCAACUGAAUCAUUCGUUCAUCUCACAACAUUCCUGGUGAGUGGAUACCGAGAGGACAGGACGUAGGGAGGGACAUUGAUGGCACUACAGUUCCCAUCGCUGAAGCCCUUCUCUGUGCUGAGCCUGCAGACUCCUGGACUAAGGGAGACCCAGGAACUGACCUUAUGAGGGUCCUUUUUCACUGCUGUGAUCCAGUGCCAGCCAGCAGUCACCCUGGGAUAAAGGCACAGUAACACCUUGAAUUUCUACAAUUCCCUCUGGUUAGGAAAAUGAAAGUAUGAGCAAAAUCAUCACCAACAUUAGCUAUAACAGAAGUGCUUUGGGGAAGAAAACGAAAAGACAGCAGAUCCCCACAGGUCUUUGAGCCAGGUCAACAGAGCGAGCUUUGUAGAUUCCAUACUUGUUUACUGGUAACUUUGGGAAGGAGGAUGAAGGGAUGUCAGAUGUUUUGUGGACUCUCUUGUGCUGUGCCAACCAGGUUCUCUGUUGCCCUUCGGCAAAUGAGGACAAGCCACGUUGCCAAGAUUCACCUUCCAUUUACUGUAGCAAAUAAUAGUAACCAGUUGGACUUCUGAGAUUCAGUAUAAGUAUAAUGUGGUGCCACAUUUUCUCCCAUGUGCUAUGGAAACAAAUCUAUCUUUGGAUCUAAUGGUGUACUCAUAGCAACAAUUACUGGUUUAAAUUCUUUCCUCUUGUCACUGGAGUCCCUGAAACUAGCAACUGAAUGUCUUUUCCUGUGUUUCUUGUAUACAUGUGAUUAUAAAACUUGUGCCAUGUAAUGUCAAUCUAGCUGUAACUAGGAAAUUGUCUUUCAGCUAUAGUAUAAAUAUUUUUAUGUUCCAGUGACGUUCCCUACAUCACUGUCACCAGUGUCUCUUUGAAGGUUGGGUCUGUGGCCUGAUGUUUCUCACAUGCAGCUGGGAUGGAAAUCCUCCUAGGUGGGGAUUUAUUUUUCAGAUAUUUUACGAUGCCAGAAUGUUAUUAAUGAAAUAGUUUGAAAGUGUAUUGUAUAAAAAGGUCACCAAGCAGUGAGUGACACUAAAAAGUACAUUUUUAUAAACUUGUGCACAUUGUUAUUAAAAUGUAAGAUUGAAAAGGCAAUACUUAGAGUAUUUCAGAUAUAUUUUUAAAAAGUUUUUCCACAGAUAAUUGAGUUUCAUGGUCCUCUAGUGUGUAAUGAUACUCAAGUCCAUUCAGAGUGUCUCAACUCUCUGUCAACCACACUUCAUUUUAAAAAAAGGUUUUGACAUGUUUUAUUUUUGCAUUUUUUAGCAUAUUUUCCUUAUGAUCCCCGUGUUUACUACUAUAUAAUAUCCACAUAUAUGUGAUCAAACUGCAUCAUCUUACCCCUGCCUUUUCCAACCCCAAAGAAAAGGAUUGUUCUUGUUAUUUUAUUUCUUCCGUUAUUUGUAGGAUGAAUCUGAUCCUUUGAAUGCCUUUGUUUAUGCCUUAUGUUCAGUCAUUUUAAUUUGCUUUCAUCAUGUCAAAGCUGCUGAUUUCUCAGCCAAAAAAAAGUAUCAUCUUAGAAUCUCUAAAUACCCAAAGCAUCAUUUCUUUGGAAUUUAACAUCAACUCCUAUGUCAGAGUUGUAUUUCUUAAGUGUUCCACAUUCUACUGCCCAGUUUAGCGAGUUCCUUAUCGAGGACUUCUGUCUUUCAUUUUAAAAAUUUAUUUUUAAACAUCCUUGUUGCAAAGACCUCAAGAAUGGAAAUGUUAAGCUCUGUGUUUUCAUUGUGAAGAAACAGAAUGAUAAAAAAUGGAUGGUGCAGAGCAGGGCAUGGUAACAGGACAUGGUAGAACACUUCUUGAAGCCCAGCACUUGGGAGGCAGAGGCAGGUGUAUCUCUGUGAGUUUGAGGCCAGCCUGGUCUGCCCGGCCUAAAUAGAGAGACACAGACUCAAAUUAGGAAAAGAGUGGGAGAACCCACAUUGUUUCCUAUGUUCUUUUAAGCUUGAGGCACCAACAUAUGGCCUUUAUUACUAUGGGAUUGUGCAUUCAUGUUUUUUGUUGUUAUUGUUUUUGGUUUCUGCCAGAAUAGAUGAGUCAAUGCUUCCUGUUCAAAUGCUGUAAUAGGCGAGUUUGUUCUGGAGUUUGGUCUGAGACAUUUGGUGAACACAUUCAACAUUGAUUAAAAUACUACUGAAUGCCUACCCUUAACAUGAUUAUGAAUUUUCCAGAAUAAAUAGAAUAUUAGCUCAUAUAAUUGUUCAGAAUUGGAGAUGUAUACAUACAUACCCUGUACCUAAAGGGCAAAAUAUCUUUACUGUAACGUAUGUGCUUAUACAAGGUGUUUUGCUUCUUGUAAAAGUGUUUUCCUUUGGCUUGUUACUGCCUUUUGUCAAAUAAUCUUGAUGAUGCUGUAUCAUAAUAAAUAUUUUCUAUUUA